AUGUCAAACCUUAUCUCCAACGCUGUUAAUCUCAUCCGCAACCAGACCACGGGUGCUGUUAAAGAUAUUUCGGAAAACGACAUCUAUAGAUGUACCAUGGCAGCUAAGGAUUUUUACCCCUGGUUCAUUCAUGAAGAACGCCGCACUUCAUGCACAUUUUACUAUCGUACCAGUGGCAACGCGUUUAAAAAAAACAAAGACUUCUUUCGGUUGUAUGGCGCCUUUCAAGAUACUGAAAAUGACAAAUAUCGUGCUGGAUUCGCUUUAUCAGACAAGGAUGGCGAUGAAUUGGAAACCGUGCGUGUAGAGGCUGGUGUUAAGAGAGGCCCUGAUCCAACCACCAAUUACAAUGGGAUUUUUUUGUGCAGCCGUAAUGGCGAGCCUACCGGCAAGAAUAACCUCCCAUGCAACUGCCCUGUGGUGAUUAAGGCUAAAUGUUUGGAGUCAUCACCUGAUGUCGUACACAUCGAGUAUAGAUGGAGACAUGAAAACCAUAUCCCAGGAUCAGUAGAAGAUCUCAAGAAGGCUCCUAUUAGUCGUCAGGCGCGUGAAAUGAUCCACAAUAUGGUUGACCAAAACAUGAACUGGGCCAGUAUUCAAAAUGUCCUUCGUGUUGAUCACAAGUCCCUAAAGGAUAUUAUGGCUGGUGACGGUGAUGGUAUCCCUGCCAUCCUGCGUAUUGGUUACCAGCAAGUUUAUUACGCUAUGCGUUCAUGCAUGGAUAAACGUGCUAAAUUCAACAAGAGCGAUCUAAAGGCAAGCCUUGAGCAGUGGGGUGACAAGAUUGCUAACGAAGAUGGGUAUUCCAUAUACCAUUCUAUGGAUGAUAUCCAGGAAGGCAUGUUCUUAUUUGCCUUUAUGUCAUCAUGGCAGCUUCAGGUAUGA